AGAGGCGGGGCUGGGCUCUCGCGGAGGAGCAGGAGCCGCCAUUUUGGUGUCGCUACCUUGGCGCGGAGCGCGGCCGGAGCUGGGGCCGGGCCGGGCGAAGGUCGCGGUCCCGGGCAGCGGCCGGGAGGAUGCGGCGCGGAGGAGCCUGACGGGGCGGCGGCUUCUUGGGCGCUGAGGAGAUGGACGCUGGAGCCCGCCCGGGCGGCGGCACCCCGGGGCAGUCCCGCGAGUACAAGCUGGUGAUGCUGGGCGCCGGCGGCGUCGGCAAGAGCGCCAUGACUAUGCAGUUCAUCAGUCACCGAUUUCCGGAGGAUCACGAUCCCACAAUUGAGGAUGCUUAUAAAAUACGAAUACGCAUUGAUGAUGAACCUGCUAAUCUGGAUAUCUUAGACACGGCGGGGCAGGCAGAGUUUACGGCCAUGAGAGACCAGUACAUGAGGGCUGGCGAGGGAUUUAUCAUCUGUUAUUCAAUCACAGACCGACGAAGUUUCCAUGAAGUGCGUGAAUUCAAACAGCUUAUCUAUCGCGUUCGGCGCACUGAUGACACUCCUGUGGUCCUGGUGGGAAAUAAAUCUGAUCUGACACAGCUGCGGCAGGUCUCCAAAGAAGAAGGCUCUGCUUUAGCUCGAGAAUUCAACUGCCCUUUUUUUGAAACUUCAGCUGCGUACCGUUAUUAUAUUGAUGAUGUAUUUCAUGCUCUUGUGAGAGAAAUCCGCAGGAAAGAAAAAGAAGCGGUAAUGGCAAUGGAAAAAAAAUCCAAACCUAAAAGCAGCAUGUGGAAAAGACUGAAGUCACCAUUUAGAAGGAAGAAGGAUUCAGUCACUUGAACGGAGAUAAUUCCUCUGCAGAAUAAAACCUGUGAACGGCCAUUUGUAACCGAAGUGGUUUAGUGACAUUUCGACAGUAUGUUUUAGACUGACAGGACUUUUAUGAGGGAGUGUGUAACUUUACCAAUUAUUUUUGUUUAAAAUGGUAUUCUCUUCAUUUUGGAUAUUUAACUUAAGACACAGUAACAAUUUUGUUGUCAUUUUUUGACUGGAUCCAGCAAAUACUGUUUAUACGUUGUUGGUUACAAAUGCUGAUAGGUUUACGACACUGCACUUUUUAAUGUUUGUCUUUGGUCACUGCAUACUGGAAGUUGAACUGUGUAAAAAUAUUGCUGAAC